GUGGACAUCGGAACUUCAGGGAAAUUGCGGAUGCACCGGCUGCUGGUGAUAUUCUGUGAGAACUCCUGUGUGAAUUUAGCUCGAUAAUGCAAGGAAAUAACUCGUUUAUUAGAUCCUGAUAUAGCUUUGGAUAUACAUAGAAUACAUCUCGAUAUAAUAAGCGGGACACUAUUUUAUAAUUAAUAAAAAUGGGCAAAGUGGUUUGCCAUGUGUGCAAGAAAAAAUGCAAGGGAGAGGUGUUGAAGUUACAGGACAAGUAUUUCCACUCAGAAUGCUUCAAAUGUAAAGCAUGUUCGACCCUGCUCUCCUCUGGAGGUUUCUUCCUCAAAGACGGAGAUUACUAUUGCCCGGAUGAUUACCAGAAGUUGUUUGGGACGCGCUGCCACACGUGUGGCAAGUUUGUUGAGGGAGAGGUUGUGACGGCCCUCGGGAAUACAUUUCAUCAAGAGUGUUUCCACUGUUACCAAUGCAGAAAAGACUUUGAGCCGGGUGAUAAAGUGACCUAUAAUGGCCAACAAUACUACUGUAAACCAUGCGCAGAGAAGAUCCAAGCAAUUAAGGCACCUAAACGGCGAUCACCAAGUCCUGAGAGUGGAAGACGUGGUGGCAAGGCGACUGAACGUGAGGGGAGGAAACCGCAGAGGACGUCAACACCAUUCAAGGGAGAGAUGGCUCCAGAGCUCAACCACACUUCACCAGAAGGUGACUCAGCUUUCCUAGACAACAAUGAAGAGGUGCUGACCCCUAGUGAACAGCAGUAUAAUUAUCGUACUCCUAGUCCAGCAUCAUCUCUCGGGUCUAGAUCAUCGUCUCGCUCAGGCAGUCUGGGCAGACCCAGGGUGGAUUCUGGAGUUCACCAUGAUCCCAAGUUUGAUGUCGACUACGGGAAGAUGUACCCGAAGAGUUAUCUUGAGAAAGACAAGGAGGUUAUGAACGACAGCGGCAGGAUAGAAACAGACAAGUAUAAACGUAGCCAAUCGCCGGGAAGCUCAUUACCUCCCAAGUCACCGCACUUCCAUAGACCGGAAAACUUCUCCUAUUCCAAAGUGAAAACAGCUUAUAUAAAACCAAUGAAGAAAGGCUACAUAGAUCAAGGCAUGAUGGUACUCGAGGCUAAAGGCAUACACAGAUACCCUUUGAAUAGGGCUUCGUCUGAAAGUGCGGCUGCCGGGAGGAAAUCGCCAGCGCCACUCAACAAUGAGGAGCCCAUCAUGUUGUCACACUAUCCGGGUGGACAUCAUCCGGAGCCCUAUGAGCAGGCAAGGAUUGAACGAGACGACUGGCCUGGGCCGCCGUGCCCUGCCGCUAUUCUACCAGGAAUAUUACGAGAUAAAAUAAGAGCUAAAGUGGAGCGCGAGGCAAGGGAAGAACGUCUUGCAGAACUCCAAAACUCGGACGACAUCGAUGAUCCAAAAAUCAAGCGAGAAAUUGAGCAGAUCCUCAAAAUGAUAGGAGAGGGAUCAGGAAUGAGCGCGGUGGUGUUGAAAGAUUUAGAAAUUAAAAAGAAGCGUGCAAUAUCACCAACGUUGGACCCUCGUAGUGCAUCAAGAACGCCCUCUGCAGCAAUUGAACCGCACCACAAGACUCGAUAUGAAUCACCUGUUUUUGCGUCACCGUCCAGGGACCGCGAUCGUCCAAGGAUGAUUCAUAAAGGCCCGCCGAAAGGGGGCAAGGCAUCCACUCUGCCAUAUUAUCCAGAGAGUGAGUCAUCAUCGUGGUGUGAUGCUAAAGCCAACUCUUCUGUCACCCCUGCUCACUCAGGAAAUAUAGUCCGCAAUUAUCCACCAGUAACCAUAGUAACCAUGUCAUCUCUACAUACGACAGUGCCUAUCUCACAUGGUAAUCAUAUACAAAGACGAAAUGUUGCAGCUGCCAGACCAGGAUACACAUUUGGCCUCGCCUCCAAGUCCGCCAGCUUGCCAGGCUCCGCUAGAGACGGAGUUGACCUAGAUAAUUAUGAAUACCACACCAACAACCAUGAUGCAUCGACCAGUAUUGAAAGUACGCAGUCCAUCCCUGUCCAACCAGAUCCUGUUGUUGUUAAACACCGUGCGAAUACAUCUAAUUCAUCAAUGGAUAGGGACGGACAAAGUCUGACUUCCUCGUCGUUUCGCUAUCCGUGGGGCCGCUAUCAGGGCUGCCACUACACCGAGGUGCUUAAUCAUACACCAAACCAGGUGUACAUGCGGCGCUCCUUGCCCAACAUGAACGAACCCAUUAAGGUGUACCCCUACGAUGCAUUGAAGGUCAACACGAACCUGCCCAAAGAUGUAGACCGUAACCAAUUAGAGAGAUAUUUAUCGACUGAUGACUUUGAGAAGAUUUUCCAGAUGUCACGUGCACAAUUCUACCGUCAGGCAGAGUGGCGAAGAAAUGACAUGAAGCGUCGUGUGUUACUGUACUAAAGCAAUGGCUGUGAACGAUAGGCUUGGCAGACAUCGAUUACUGGCACUUGCACUCUAUAGCCCUGCCCUACAGGAUCAGGGGAGAGGCUGUUCACCAAAGAAUGAAUCGAUUGAUAAUAAACCAUUUAAAAGCUCCUCUUCAGCUCCAAAGUGUGUUUGUUUUAUCUGGUUUCGACGUCAAAAAGCUUUCUUGAGAGGCGGAGUUUUGCUGAUAAUCAUGAGCUACAUGUAAACAUGAGGGGAUAGAAUUGGUGCUACUUGCCAAAACAAACCAGGGCCUGAGGACCAAUGUUGAGCUUUUCUCCCCUUGACCCAUAGUAGGGCAGUACCUAAAGGCAUUGCCUUUCUCCCCUUGAUCCAUAGUAGGGCAGUACCUAAAGGCAUUGCCUUUCUCCCCUUGAUCCAUAGUAGGGCAGUACCUAAAGGCAUUGCCUUUCUCCCCUUGAUCCAUAGUAGGGCAGUACCUAAAGGCAUUGCCUUUCUCCCCUUGAUCCAUAGUAGGGCAGUACCUAAAGGCAUUGCCUUUCUCCCCUUGAUCCAACGUAGGGCAGUACAUAAAGGCAUUGCCUUUCUCCCCUUGAUCCAUAGUAGGGCAGAGCUAAAGGCAUUGCUUGGCCCUUGAGAGUCCAAUUUCACUCAGAUUAAGGCUUCUGCGUUCUUUACUUUUCCAUUUUCUAGACAGGCUUUGAUCAAAGUUAAGCCUUGCAUUGUUAUUCUUGAUAUACUGAAUGUAUGACCCAAAUGGACACAAGUGCAAUACCCAGAGCCAUUUGAUAGUACACUGGACAGCCUCGGCGUGGUAUCAAAGAAUGUCUUUAGGACACCCAACGACCUUUAAAUCAUUGGUGGAGGUUUGCCAGAACAUGAGACAAACUUGGAACCCUGGAUAAACUUGCCACAUUCGAGAACAGCAUUAGAACAACUGAAGCAUCUGAUGUGUUGUUAGGACUGGCUGCUUGAAGCCUUUGGGAAGGUCAUUUGAAUACUGGAAAACCUUGCCAUCACUGAUGAUGACAGACUUGGAUUUUGAGAGGCAACGUCAUCACUAUGACCACCACUAGUAAAUGCAGCAUCAGCAGCAACAUACGUCCAUUAAUAGCAUGUGUGAGAUCAUCAUAUCUAGUGACUCGUAUAAGACCAAUGUCCUCUUGGGUAGCAGCGAUCGUCCUCUUGGGUAGCAGCAAAACACAGAAUAUACCAUCUGUACAAAAUGUGGCAUCUGAAGAAACAUUCUUGUAUUCCAUGGUUUGGUCUGUUGCUCUAGAUACCAAUGUCCUGGUGUUGUACUCUACUGAAAGAUGUUUAACAUCGAACAGACGCUUCCAUGCAACUCUUCAUUGUGAUCAAAGUGUACAUGGCUUUUUGCAAUCACUUGGAAUGUCUCAUUGUAUAAACUAACCCGUGGGUGUUCAAAUUAUAUUGGAUAUUGUAAGGUCCCAUUUUGGCAUUUCAGGUUUGACCAGUAAUCUAACUUGUCGACCUCUGAAUGCCAAAAUGGACUAGCCCACUGUUGAGAAAUGUGGUAGAAUGGAAUAUCCCAUUUGGGCUUUUAGGUUGGACCAGUAAUAAAAUUUGUCGACCUCUGAAUGCCAAAAUGGACUAGCCCACUGUUUAGAAAUGUGUUGGAAUGGAAUAUACCAUUUUGGCUUUUAGGUUGGACCAGUAAUCACUUGUCGACCUAAAUGAACUAGCCCACUGUUGAGAAAUGUGUUAGAAUGGAAUAUCCCAUUUUGACAUUUGUAGGUUGGACCAGUAAUCAAACCUGUCGACCUCUGACUGCCGAAAUGAACUAGCCCACUGUUGAGAAAUGUGUUAGUGGAAUAUCCUAUUUUGGCAUUAGAGGGGUGAUUUGUUAAAAUAUUUAGAAAUUUUCAACAGUUUGCUCUAUAAUAGUGUGCUUUGAAUGUUAAGAAGUGAUAUUGACUGUAGCAAGUUACUCUAUGUAUCCCAGAUUUCCUUGACAUUAACAUUCUUAAUUCUGAAUGUUUAACAGUAUUUACUAUUAUGGAAGCUUGUCAUUGGCUAUUUUGGUGGUGGUCCAUGAGAGUGGCUUUGUUAGAGGGUCUUGGACUACACCAUGUAUCCUUCCCUGUAGUUGAGCAGAUGUCAGCGCACUCUUGGAAACAAGUUAAUGCUCAAGUUCACUUUGACGCUGGUUCAAUCAUGUCAUGUCUAGGUUAUGCUAGAGUUGACUAGGCACUUAGAUGAGGUGUCAAGUAGUUUUUCGCGAUGGCAUCUCGCUUUCUGGCCUAGUGGCGUCUGUACAUUUCGCUUGGGCUUCUUGCAGCUUCAGAUAGCACUGAACGUCUCAAAGUCAUCAUUUCUAACCACGAGUAGUAUUCAUCCUAUCGCAGGAUUUUAAUAGCUCCAGGUCAGGGUUCCGUUCCUGCUUGUACAGACAACAUCUAGCAGAUAGCCUAGGCAGAUUUUCUUACAAUUGGCAAGAACUCCUUCUGACGAAGGAGACUUGCAUUUUGGUGCCAGUGUCUCUCUCUUUUCGUGUAAGAUUGAUGCCGUAUUCUGAUGGCUUAUACGGCUGUCCAGAGCUGCCGUUGAGGUUCCUUUGAGUUCACAUACUACUAACUUGAGUUGUACAAACCACCAGUUUGAGUCAUACAAACCAGGAGGUAAAGUUGUCCCCCACAUCUACUUGUUAAACAUGCACUCACUAGGGGAAUGAUACUAAAAUAUUUAUUUAUGAAAAUCUAACUUUAGGGAUCAUGCAAUAUGUAAACCUUCAUAACUUCAUAACACUUUAACAUUAAGUGGAUUCAGUAUAAUUCAGUCAAGUUUGUUGACAGUAUAUGAUCCUAUUGAUUGAAUAAGCAAAUCUUGUACCAGUCGGCUUUAAAUGAGCAGUGUUAGUGUGUUGUUGUCAUUCUUGCUCAGUCUCAAUGUAAGGCAGCUUACAUAACCUGGUGUAUUCAUCCUUGGCUUGUUGACCCUCCUAGUAUUGCCCUAGUACAGCUGGUGUUACACUGAAUCCCUCUCCAGCACUUCUUCAGUUUAUCUGCCAUUUGCCAUGUCCCACUUGCCAUGUAAUCUUGUGCAAUUUGCAUCUUCUCUUCUGCCAUUUCUGCUCAAUUGGUGCAAUGAUCAGGUCGAUUUCUCAUAAAUAGCCUUACAGCUGAAACUUUACAUGAAUAUCUUCUUGGUGAGUUGUGGAAUGGAGUUGAAUGAUUUUAACAUUAUGUUUAGGCUGCGGAGAGAUAUUUGACUGGAGUGUCCUUGAUUGUGCAUCACCUGUGCCUCGUGAAAGUAGAACUUUAGACUCUCUUCCAAAUCCUGUGCAUAUCACUCGUAUGAUACGUGGCAUAUCACUCGUAUGAUACGUGGCAUAUCACUCGUAUGAUACGUGGCAUAUCACUCGUAUGAUACGUGGCAUAUCACUCGUAUGAUACGUGGCAUAUCACUCGUAUGAUACGUGGCAUAUCACUCGUAUGAUACGUGGCAUAUCACUCGUAUGAUACGUGGCUCUACAUUAAUAGAUACCUUGCGCUACAUUAACAUUGAUGUUGACAACACGAUUUUGCUUCUCGGGAAUUUCGAAUCGCGUUCCUGAGGUAAUCUUUACUGCUUUAUAUUGAUUAUGUAAAUAACUUGUACAGAUAUUAGAUGAAGCCCAUCUCGGUAGAUGGUUGUUUCUGGCGGUCUGACCUGAAUUAGGCUUUAGUUUAUGUUAGUGUUUUAGAUUGUAGGCUUACUGGUAUAGACUGUGUCUGACACAUACUUGUAUCAUACUUGGGCCUACUUGUCUGUGCCACGUAGUAUACUGGGCCUACUUUUAUAUACUCUGUUUGGCACUUAGUAUACAAUGGAACCCACAGUAGGGUUCUUGUCAUUAGCCCAGUUGAGGACUGUGCUCCAUUUCUCAGUCAAGUGCUAAAUCUCGGCUAUCUUCACCGUUAUCUCUUCUUCUAAAGGGAGCAUCUUCAAUAUCAGUGAACUUGAAACUAUUAACGAUGCCAGUCCCUUGUGAGCAUGUUAGAUAUCAGUGAACUUUAAGGUAUUAAGGAUGCCAGUCCUCAGUGGGUGGUGUGAGAUAUUUCUGCAGAUUGAUUUGCGACAACCUCCCCAUGGUUAUUAAUCCCUCGCUUCUAAGAUCAACGCAUGACUUUAUAGCAGUAAUGUAACGUAAAGGCAGUUUCUGUCAACUUUUGUUAAAUGAUGUAGAUUAAUGCGUUGAAAAUGUUAUAACCAGUAUCUCAUUGGCUGUUAUGAUAACAGCAUACUGUUAUGAUAACAGUAUCUCAUUGGCUGUUAUGAUAACAGUAUCUCAUUGGCUGUUAUGAUAACAGUAUCUCAUUGGCUGUUAUGAUAACAGUAUCUCAUUGGCUGUUAUGAUAACAGUAUCUCAUUGGCUGUUAUGAUAACAUUUUCAAUGUUUGGUUAUGUGUGGUACAUACAUGUAAACUUGUUUUCUAUAAUUCAACAGAUGCAAAUUUUCAAGGUUACCGACCUUUGACCUUUGUGAUUUUAGGCAGGCACCAUAGCCUCUACCUCGGCCCAGGUUUUAUUUGUAUGUUAAUUGUGGUGUAAUUUGUAUAGUAGUGAGUUAGGGAUCCAGGUUGCAUUUUUCCUUUUUUGUUUUAUUUAAUUUGCUUGGUGUUGUAAAUUGUGUGCUAUAUACGUUGAAACCGACCCAGUUUAUGUCAAGUGUCAAAUGAUUAGUUGUUAACAAACCAAUAGGAGUUAUUUGAGUGAAGUUGGUAACCUGUCGACGUAAAAACAUAGUUACAUGGAUGACAGGUAUGUUGUUGAACAUGUUCGAAGUGUUCAACAGUAAAAUCCUCUGUGCAAUAAUGAUCAACCUUGGAACAAGUCCAAACUUGCGCCUCUAUGCUUUGAUGCUGUGACAUUCUUUCCAUGGAGAUGAGCUAAUGGUCACAAGAGCUCAAGAAACGUGCAAUAAGUUGAAAAAGAAAUGUUUAAUUUCAUGUGCACGACCGUUAUGAAUUUCAAGACCAAAUCAUUCUUUGUGACUUUAACUGGGUCAGUCUAAUGGUCAUUUAAGUUUUUGUUGUCUCUUAAUGUGAAGUACAACUUCUUAGAAAAUCUAUCGAAAGGAAAGAAAUGUGAAAAAACUGAAAUUAGAUUUAGUUGUAACUGUUGGUAAAUUAGUGAAUAGACAUUGUGUAUUACGACACUGAUCGAUGGGUGAUUAAUGAAAGUUAACUCAAUGAUUCCUAAGAAAGAGGUUCUUUGUAAGUGUCUAUUGUUGACUUGCUUGUUUGGUAGACAAUGUCUAUUGUGGGCCAAUUUACCAAUUGAGGUAGAUGUUAUUUUUAUCAAAGAUUUCUUAUGCACACACGUCCAUCUAUUUUUAAUGAGACAUUUCUUUUGCUAAAUAUCACUUUUGUAUUAAGCUUUUCGUACGGUAUUGGUCAUGUGUGGUCUACCAUGUCUGUGGUUGGACCUGGAGCACAUACCAUUGCAUUAUCUACUGUACUGCAUGGCGUAUUGUACACAAUGUACUACAUGACCUUUUGUAAUGUAUUACAUCAUGUACUACUACCACUUGUCAUGUGUUGUGUGGACUACCACAUGACCUUGUCUUGGUACCACAACCACUUGAUGAUUUGUUCUGUAGAUGUGCCCUUUGUUUCCUUUGCUUGAUGCCCUGAGGGAGGACGACCUCCACCUGUCAUACGCGAGUCGAGUUCUCUUGCCUACUCAUGUAUUUGGGGGCGCUGCCUUCCUCUUGGUAUUGUUUACUGCGCCCUCAUUGUCAGCUCGUUGAACUUGACUCAACCUGGUUACCUUGUACACUUAGGCUAGAGGCCUGUCUCUCCCUAAGCACUUCUUGACCGGCUAGUUCUGUAUGAUGGUUGGUAUGUAGACAAACAAGGCUUGUUUAUACAGCAUAAAUCUCAUCCUAAAAUGCUUAUGUGGAGAUGGGCUUAUAAUAUAUAGUGUUUGCAUCACUUGUAAUAUACUGUAAAAGGUUUGCUUGUUGUAGACAUAACCCUCUAAGUCUCUUAUACUGUUUUACCCACUGUUGAUUGAAGGCAAGUUAUUCCACUCUAUAGGACCUUGGAUGAAUGCUUUGAGGGUCAUGUUGAAUGAGCUUCUGUCUGGGGCAAUGAAACCUGUUGAAAGUCAGUCAUCUAAUGACAUUACUGUAAGGGAUACGCUGUCUUAGUGUAAGGGAUACGCUGUCUUAGUGUAAGGGAUAAGCUGUCUUAGUGUAAGGGAUAAGCUGUCUUAGUGUAAGGGAUUGUAUGUGAAUUGUAUUUGAGACUUGUUAAUUUCGAGUUGGAGAAAGUUGCCGUCAAACUUCAGAGGUCAUGGAAGAUACACUAUGAGAUGACCUUUUAACAGUGACGUCAAAUUUUAAAAUCAUUGGCGGAUUUGAGACAAUUUCCUCGUCUGACUAAAUGCUAAAUUUGGUAGCUGGAAAGGAAAGAUCUCUCUCUGUGUGGAUCUUUGAAUUUUCAAAACCAGACAAAAAAGCACUGGCGUGUAAAGUUCUUGCUCGGGGCCAGUGUUGGUCAAUGAACUUGACCUCAAAAGGUCAUCUUGUGUCUUCUGCUACUGUUCUGGCGUCUGCUCGUGUAUUUCUCUUGGAGAGGGACUCGCUCUUGUUAUAACCCCCGACCUACUGCUGCAUAUCAACCCAAGCUAAUAGUUUUGCAUUGUUCCAGCUUGUAUUAGCCUAUAAAGAUAUACUUGCAGUUAUGUCUCCACAAAAAUUGUCAAUAAAAAUUAUAUACACACA